GGAAGCAUCUCGACUUCAUUCACCCCGGAGAUCACAGGACCACUGGGAGCUGACAGCACAAUCCUCCGUACUACAAAGUGGAUUUUUCUCUUGUGUCGUUUGCUAAUACAGCCUCCCUUUCACACUUUGAAGAGUCUAACAGAUAUAAAUGGUGAUCCCACCCUAAAUACCAAGACUUCCAACGGACCAUACGGAGGACAAAUCGGGGGAUUUCAUUGAAUGUGUGGAUGUAAGAAGAAAAAAGACGUUUCAUUGAUACCUUCAUCACCUGCUCUCCACGGGAGCAAUAGAAACUGAGCGACUAAACGAUAGUCGAAUUUGUGUGCCAUGCUUUAAACUGGUGGUUCUGAAACCCUGAGACUCGUUUUUUCCGUCUCUGGCUGGACACUCAUCAUUUUUGUAAAAUCCGCCCUCGAUCAUUCGCAGCUGUCUAUUCUGGAUGCAAGGAAAUUCUUAGAAUAUUAUCAUUAUUAUCGAUUAUUACCUCUCUACGUUCUGUCGGGAUCUAACAGAUAAUCAGAUGUUUUGUACGCGCAUAUACUGAAGUUGUGGAGGUGGCCUAUUCUCCUGAGGGAUGGUUCAAGGCUCUCGACAACAGGGAGCGACAGCCCGGCUCCUCCAGUGGACCUUCACCCCCUUCUGGUGCCUAUGCAGUGGAUCUGAGAGGAGAUGAAAGCCGCAGUCUACCACCUCCUCGCCUGCUAUCUCUGCCUGUUACGCACCGGUGCUGAGGAGUUUCCUCUCCCUCGGGAGCUCCUGGAGCGACUUUCCCGGAGCGAAAUCCGCAGCAUCAGCGACCUCCAGCGGUUACUAGACAUAGACUCCGUAGAGAACGAGGUGAUCGCAGAGAAAAAACGAGGCUAUCACAAGGACUUUUCUCACGACUACUCUGAUCAGAAAAAAGUGCAGGCACACACACGGCAGAGGAGGAGCAUUGUGGUGGAAGAGGCUCUGCCUGCGGUGUGCAAAGUGCGCACGACGAUUUAUGAAAUCCCCAGGAGCCAGGUGGAUCCCACUUCGGCCAACUUCCUCAUCUGGCCCCCCUGCGUUGAGGUGAAGCGUUGCACCGGCUGCUGCAACACCAGCAACAUGAGGUGCCAGGCAGCUCGCAAACACCACCGCACCGUCAAGGUGGCGAAAGUGGAGUACGUGCGGAGACGGCCAAAACUCCGGGAGGUGCAGGUGAGGCUGGAAGAUCACCUGGAGUGCAUGUGCACCAACAAACGUCACAUCAGCCCCAACUCCGACACAGACAACGGCAUCAGGUGAGGAGGUACACGGAUGAAGGGGUGGAGGAAAGAAUGAAGACAAAGACCUGGGGAGAAAAAGGACUGCCUGAAAUUUCUUCACCAGCUGCUAUUAAGAGACAGGUUUUACGGAGCACCUGCUGCCACAGGAUUUGUGAGGCUCGAUGGAUGAAAACUGAUUCACGCAGAUCUCAAGUGUGCAUCGAGGUGCUUGCUGAAAAAGCAAAGCAUCAAACUUCCAGAACCAUAUGUUAAUCCCAAACCGGCAGGCGACUCUACGAUGGGAAUGAAAAGGAUUUAGAGGAUAAAAAAAGACACCAUAUUGGCAAUUCUGUCGUGGAUUCAGUGACAUCACAGAACUUAUUGUCCGCAUCCUGCUCCUUCACCAUCUGUGAACCUCUCAGAGACUCAGAUUAUGUACUGGAUGGAAUAAAUUCAAGAGACAGUGACUGGGAUUAGGUUUUGUACUCAAAGAUUUCCUUUUCCUCAGUAAAACACUCACACGCACACGCAUGUAUAUCUUCUUAUUUUUAUAACCUUGCAUUUUGUAUUGCUGUCUGUUUCUACUUUGGGUAUGCUAUUUUGCAUUAAGAGUGAUGGGAGAGCUGUCCCUCUGGCAUGGUACUAACACAAAUAAAAUAUUUAUACCAAACUCUUUUCAAUGUCGAUCAAAAGAAAGCCCUUAACUAACAGGUCUGUCGCAAUAUUCUUUCAGAGGGAGACUUUAAAACAAAAAAUGAAUGUGAACUGAAAAGAUGUUAGAUAACACUGAAACAGGAGCCCUCCUUGUUUUUGACACGGACCAAGUGCCUUCCUAAAUUGGACGGAAGGAGACAGUUAUGGUUGAAAAGCUGUAAAAGGGAAAAUCAUUAGCUAAUAAGUGAUAUUAUGUUUUUCGAAAUUCAAGUUGAGGAAGUUAUUUUGUUAAAGGCAAAUACUUCACAUCCUGACUCACUAGCUGUUAACAGAUCGGAAGAGAAAGCUAAUUUAAAUUGAAGCUUUGCGAUUUCCUUGCAUGCUCACUUAGCGCUCACACUCUGACAUUUGCUUAAUGGAAACUGUGCUUCAUUGACUUAUUUACCCUGGAAGUGUAGUCUUACAAAACAUGUAUGUUUAAAAUGCAAUAUUUUGUCAUAGGAGGAUGUUACUGCUUUGGGAUGAUUAAAAAUAACACCUGGAUCUGAGCAGUGUAAGUAUUCAUGUGGGACCACAGUCAUUAAAAGUAGAUUUCUGUGAGCUUAUGA